GCACCGUUCAUCGAUUGGGCCACAGUGCCGCCGACUCGCCGUCAUGGCGUCGCACGCAGACAGUGCACACGACCUGCUGGAUCUGGACAUCUCAACACUACGCCAAUUCAUCGACCUGUUCCCCAAUGAGGGCCUAACAAAGGUCAUCAUAGGCUGGCUCAGCAGCGGCAUAGCAAAAUACCCACUUACGGCAGAAGGGGAUUCAAGAGAAGGACCUGAUCUGAGUGAAGGUGGGGUAGCUCUUACCCAGGAUGUGCCCGUGUCACAAGAAGAUUGUCUGGUCUUGAUGACCGAGGGCAUUACCGAGGCGCCCAAGUCAUCACUAGCCCAUUGCCUUCUUGGAGACUACUACCUGUUCCUCGAGGAGUAUGAGAGUGCUGUGGAAACAACCAGGAAGGGCCUGAAAUACGCUUCUGCUGAAGCCAAAAAGACCGACUUAUCGUUCCAAAAGACGCGCGAUGCGCUCAGCAGCACUCUUGCCACUGCCUUGGUUUACUACCAGGCCCCAAGAAACCAUCCCGAAGCCAAGGGCAUCUUCGAGUCUACUCUGAAGCGCAAACCACAAUUCACCCCCGCCCUCAUUGGCAUCGGACUAGUCCUGGAAGAAGAGGAAGAAUACGAGCAAGCCUUCCAGUUCUUAGAAAAAGCUCUGCAGCAGGAUCCAUCAAAUGGCCGUAUUGGCGCAGAAUCAGCUUGGUGCCAGGCGUUGGCAGGUGACUACAGCACUGGACUUGAGAGGCUUCAGAAGUAUCUUGACUACCCACAACUUGAUGCAUCCCAACAACGCGGCCGUGAACUCCGCGCGCAGACUCUCUAUAGAAUAGGCGUCUGCCUAUGGGAGCUCGAUCCGUCAAAAGCUGCGCGAAAAGAUCGACAACGGACAUACUCCAAGCUACUCGCAGCCAUCAAAGCAAACCCAAACUAUGCCCCGGCAUACACGCUCCUUGGCAUAUUCUACGAAGAUUACAACAAAGAUCGCAGGCGUGCAAGGCAGUGUUUCCAAAAAGCUUUCGAACUGUCGCCCUCGGAGGUCAUUGCAGCCGAGCGAUUAGCCCGUCUCUUUGCCAAUCAAGGAGAAUGGGACAUUGUCGAAGUCGUAGCGCAGCGAGUGGUAGACUCCGGCAAGGCCCGGCAAACGCCUGGCUCAAAGCGAAAGGGAGUUAGCUGGCCACACUCAGCUCUUGGAGUUGUCCAAAUGAACAAGCAAGAGUACCAGAAGAGCAUCGUCUCAUUCCUGGCAGCAUUACGAAUAAGCCCAGACGACUAUUACUCUUAUGUUGGUUUAGGUGAGAGCUAUCAUAAUUCCGGCAGGUACAACUCAGCCUCGCGUGCUUUCAACUACGCUGAAAACCCCACGGAUGGCAUCGUGAUGAAGAGAUCAGAUGAGGAAGGAUGGUUCACAAAGUAUAUGCUCGCCAAUGUCAACCGCGAGCUGAGUGAAUUCGAAGAAGCACUUGCUGGCUAUGAAGCAGUACUUGCAGUUCGGCCGAAGGAGUUUGGCGUAUCGAUUGCAUUGCUGCAGACGCUUGUUGAAAAAGCUUGGCAGUGCAUCGAGACUGGAUUCUAUGGAGAAGCUGCUGAUGGCCUGACCCGAGGCAUCGAGGUUGCGGAUACCAUCACAGAGUACAAGCCUGACGCAUUCAACCUGUGGAAAGCUGUCGGCGAUGCAUGCAGUAUGUUCAGCUGGGCCCAGGACAAGCUCGACCAUUGCCCUUUUGAGCUGGUUGUGAAGGUUCUACAGAGCAAGUCGGAUAUGGAACUUGACUUUGAUGCCCACAAAGACAUCGAUGGACUUGGCCAGGAAGCGCUAGCCUCGCUCUCCACCAACAGGGACUCGAUACUGACCAAAGUCCUCAAAGCCGCAAUACUUGCUCAAAAACGAGCCAUUUCGAGCUGUGCUCAUGACAUACACGCACAGGCUGUAGCGUGGUACAAUCUCGGCUGGACUGAGUACAGAGCGCACGUCUGCUUAGAACAAGAAGGUGGUAAAGAGACCAAGCUUACCACAUACCUCCGAGCAUCUAUGAAAUGCUUCAAGCGUGCUAUAGAGCUUGAGGCUGGCAACUCGGAGUUUUGGAACUCACUUGGUGUCAUCACCACGACCCUCAGCCCAAAGGUUGCUCAACACGCCUUUGUCCGGUCGUUGCAUCUUAACGAGCGUAGUGUGCACACAUGGACUAACCUUGGCGCACUCUAUCUUUUGCAGAAUGACCACGAACUUGCGCAUGCAGCCUUUUCGCGGGCCCAGUCACAGGAUCCCGACUAUCCUUUAGCAUGGGUAGGCGAGGGUAUCAUUGCACUCCUCACCGGCGAUGCCAACGAAGCGCUUUCCCACUUCACUCAUGCAUUUGAACUCUCCGAGUCGUCGCUACUGCUCCCUAAGCGGCAGUAUGCAAUUUCCACUUUUGACUUCCUUGUGUCUUCCCCGUCAUCUUCAAGCGACAUUACUAGCCUCAUACAGCCGCUGUUCGCGCUUCAGCAAUUAAGCAUACAGGUGCCACACGACAUGCCGUACAGACAUCUCGGAGCAUUGUUUUUCGAGCGCAUCGGAAACUAUGGGGCAGCUGUACAUGCUCUUGAAAUGGUCAAUGAAAGCGUUGAGCAAGAGUACGAGAAGUCAGAGUCGCUCGCGUCCCUGGCCCGCGUUGCGCAAGCUAAGACGGACUUGGCUCGCAAUCUUCUGGCCGUCGGAUCCAACGAAAUGGCGGUAGACGAUGCCGAGACAGCCCUCGUCCUACUUGCAGAGCUGAAAAGCAAUCCCAAGCAAUCUGCUUUGUCAAAAGAGCAGCUUGCAAAGACCAAACUGUCUGCCCGUCUUACAGCUGGAUUGGCACAUUACUUCAAUGGCUCCUUUGACGCAGCGAUAUCCUACUUCCGCGCUUCUUUGGAGGCGACUGGUUCAAAUCCGGACAUCAUAUGUCUUCUCGCAGAAGUUCUCUGGGCGAAAGGCGGUGAGAACGAGAAACAAGUGGCUCGCGAUCAGCUCUUCACUGCCAUUGAGAAACACGAUGGUCAUGUUGGUUUACUGACACUUAUCGGUGCCAUGACUGUUUUGGACGACGAUCUUGAAACCAUGGAAGCCAUAAAGGAUGAUCUCGGCCGCAUGCGCACAAACAAGGAACUUAGCGACGCACAACUCGCGCGCGUAGAAAAAGUUGUAGAAGCCAUAUCCAUUAGUCUCGGCGGCGAGCAACAAGAUAUGGAUGAAGCACGGAGAAGCGUUAUGCUAGCACCGUAUAAACAUACGGGUUGGGCAGAACUUGCGGAUGCUACUGGUGGCAAUCUUUUCGCAAGCACCCUCUCACGAGAAACAGCAAUGCGCAACGCACCUCCUAACGGCACACUUGGUGCUACUGGCCUGGCUAGUGCGAUGCAUAGUACUGGCGAUGUCAGUGACGCUCAGAGGGCGAUAGUGUUGGCCCCGUGGUCCAAGGAUAGUUGGGCUGGGUUUAAUCAGUGUAUUCAAAUUGCUUAG